UGCUUAUUUCAAGUUAGAUUGGCCAAUCCUAUCCGACCUCUGAUACUGAAGAGUUUUUGUGCGUGAUUGAAUGUUUAUUAACUGAUUUUUCAGAAUUUAUUUUGCUUAUAAUUCUUCUUUAGUAUAUAUACAUAAGUCACUAAGGAAAAAAUGGUUUGGACAAAGUUAGAAAAUUUCCAAUGUCCUACGUGUCCUUCGGGUUCGGGACAAGAUUGGGUUUGUGCCGAAGAUGGGAGUGAUAUAUUUAUCAAUGAGAAAGGUGUAAUGGAAUGUGAGGAUGGAUAUCACUCAGGCAAUGUGUGCAACUGGGGAUGGAACUGUGGUAGUGAAUACCAUAAAGGUCGUUACUACAAAGCUGACUACGAGGGGUUCGUGUUUGCCAUCUCACAGGCCCUGCAGCUUACGGACAAAAUGGGAGCGCAGUGGGUUGCAGACCUUGUUAGAGAACUUGGCAGACAGUAUGGCAAGUGAGCGUCUACGUGCACAGAGAGGACGAGGAAAAUAAAUCACACAUACAUAGAUACUUAUAGGUUUUUAUGAUAUUCAAUGAUGAUAUCAAUUUUAUUGUGAUGUAACAUCCAGUCGUAUGUUUAUCUUUAAAAAGCCUUAAACAGUGGCUAAUGACAUUUUGUUCCCAAACUGCCUUACAUGUCAUGACAUGUGAUAGAUAAUUAAGUGUACAUGAUAUCAAGAUCACCUACUAUUUCACAUUUCAAAGCUGUAUUUGGCAAUAGCUCUGAUUUAAAUAUCUUAUAAUGUAACUGGUUGUGAAACAUCUGUAUUAUAUGAUCUUGAAUUUGCCUUUUAUUAUUCUUAUGAUUUAUAAACAAAAAAUGCAUUAUCUCCUUGGUAAUACUAUAAAUAUACAAACCGAAUCUCACACAAAUAAGAUAACGUUUCAAUAUAAAGAUAUAAGUAAUAAAAUUCUGCACCUUCA